ACCAUUUGUUAGAGCGGCAAAUGACGUGCCCCUGAAUUCACAUCUGGUGGCGUGGCGGAGUCUGGUGCCCAUUACCAGUCUCCCACAGAUUUCAAUAUGGCAGCUGUCUGGGCGAGUUAAAUCACCGCGCUCGCAUCUUCCUCCUUUCACAAGUUCUGUUCGCGCACAAAUCUCAAAAUGCCAACAGUGGUACUUCUUGAUGUCUCGCUUUCCAUGCUACGGCGUGUUCAAACACCUGAAGAUGAGUUAAUGGAACGCCGUCACCUAGCCAUCCGCGGACUUCACGUUUUCUUUGACUACUUAUCUAGCAAGUUUAAGUUGGAAUUCUCAGCUUUGUUGGCAUUUUCCUCUCUGUGGGAGAUUGUUGUACCGUUUACCAGAGAUUAUCAAGCACUGAAACAGGGCUGUAUAACAGUGGAUGUCUACGACAAGACAAGUUUUGACAAUGGUUUUAGUGGUGUUGUCGGCCAUGUUAUUGAAGAGUGGGGCACCUCUGUGCCAUGUCAGGUGAUCCUUGUCACAGAUGGCCGCACGGGGUCUGGUCAGGGAUCGCUUAAGGAGCUUUUAGAAGGGAAGAGGAAGGGAAAUCCUGACCAACCUUCGCCGUUUCCCAUCCCAUUUCCUUGUAAAAUACACGUUGUAUGCAUUGCAACAGUAAGUGAAUUGGGAGGGGAUCUGAUGCUGUUUCAGAGACUUUGUGAUUCCACUGGUGCAGGAGGAAGUGUUUAUGUGCCUGACAUGCCACUUAGUGUCCAGUCAAUCCAGAAUGUUUUUAAGCGUCUUGCUCAAACUCAUUACAUAAGCUAUGAGGGAACUCUGUCAUGUGGGCAUUUGCAAUCCAAAAUAACACUGUCACCGGCACCAGAUUUAACAAGCAUACUUGAGACAUCUAAGAAAACCACAGGCCAAGAGAAGACAAGGAGAAUGCCGAAUGAGCUGUCAAUAUGUGGUUUUCUUGAUGUGGCAGAUGCUGGAAGUCCACCACACAUAUCCCGUCAUCUUGUGAUUCCAGUUCCAACAUCAUCUGCAGAUAGCAAGGAUAAAGAAGGAGGAAAGGAGGCUGUUAGAGACACUGAUGAGGAUGGUAAAACUCCCUCCUUCUGUGUACUUCUACAUGGAAGUUUGAAAGUGGAGAAAAUGGUGGCUAUUGUCAUGUUAGACUCUGACUGGUUUGGAAUGCUUCAUUCUUGGGCAGACAGCAAAAAGAAGUCCAAUCUUGUUCUCACAACAUUCUUUCCUGGAGAAAACAACAUUUCCUGGCUAGGCAAUAUGCAGAAACUUGGUCCAGCUGCAGAACUUGACGCCAAUCCAUAUCAGGCUUCUGACAAUGAUGAAUCUGAGACAACACCUUUCCCAGUUUUGCCAAGUCAAAGGAGAAGCUACAAUUCACAAGCCAAUGUUGUGUGGAUCAAGCCCAGUGGACUACAGUCUGAUGUCCAAAAGCUGUUACGCUAUGCCAAGAGACUUCCUGAAAAGCAGGGACAAUUUUAUAAGGAACUAAACAGACUACGCCGUGCGGCCUUGUGUUAUAGUUACUUGGGCCUUUUGGAUGUACUGGCGAGCAUGUUAGACAAAGAAUGUCACAAAGCAACUGCCGAGGUAGCUCACCAGCUACAACAUGCCUCUCAGAGUCUCAGAAGUGCUACAAGUUUGGAUUUAAACAAGCCUAUCACUCCAGCUCAAGAUUAAACCUGCUGUUGAUUAAAUUGUGAGAUGUAAACAUCAUUUUGGUUUUACUGUGACAAUCACAGUUUAAUUUAAUUGGAAACUUCCAAGGCAGAGUUAAAUACAGAUCUAGAUCUAUAUAUGCAAUGGUUGGUUCAUAGCUCGAAAACAGUACUGUUUUUCAACUGUUACCAUCUGUUUUUUUGUUUUUUGGCACAGCACACACACUUAGUGUGUUUACUGAACACAGCUUACAUGAAGAGAGCCAUAGUAACAGGUAUUAAAAGUCAAUUAUUACACGACUCGGGCAGUCAGAGGGCCAAUAACUAAAAUCAACCAAUCAAAAUGCUCUA